AUGUCCGCCGCCAAACAAAAGGCUCAGCAGAUCAUCGACGAGAACCCCGUCGUGGUCUUCUCCAAGAGCUACUGUCCGUACUGCCGCGCCUCCAAGGCGCUGCUGAACGAUCUGCACGCCAAGUACUACUUGCUCGAGUUGGAUGAGAUUAACGAUGGUGCCGCCCUCCAGGACGCCCUCGAAGAAAUCACCGGCCAGCGCAGCGUCCCCAACAUCUUCAUCGACCACAAGCACAUCGGAGGCAACUCGGACCUCCAGGCCAAGAGGGCUCAACUCAACAACCUCUUGAGCGCCGCAGGUGCUCUUUAA